AUGGCAAAUAAUAUGAUGGUGCUAGAGGGAAUUGGUGUUGUUUUGCCCGUCGAAAAUUCAUGCAAGAACAAACCUUUGUUUCCGCUGGUGCUCACCGUCGUUCUGUACUUGGUUGUUGGCUGGUAUUUCUUGUACGGCUUGGUUGGAUACCUGGCGUAUGGUGGGGCACUUGAGGUGUCGCUGGUGGAUGCACUACCCAAGGAUCCGUUUUCCAUUGUUUUGCGUGUGGCAUUUAUGAUCAACAUCCUGUGUUCAUAUCCGAUUCUCUUUAUGCCCGGAAUUUUGCAAAUUGAUUCACUUCUUGGGUGGCCUUUCCGGUCCUGGAAAGCAAUCUUAAUGCUACUUGCGGUAAAUCUUGUUGUGUAUGCUGUUGCAAUUGGUGCGGGAACUGAUACUGUGGCGAUUGUGGUUUCGCUGAUCGGGGCGCUCCCAGCGGCGGUCAUGCUAAUGCUCUUACCAGCGCUGCUCUCACUAUUUGUAGAAUCCAGUGUGGAGGACCCGGAUGAACCUCGAAUGUCGAAGGAGUACUGGUGUCGAAACCUAUUUGGCAAACGCUGCACUUUUAUCAGGGCACGUUGUUACUUUUAUUUUUUGCUUGGAAUUAUGAUUAUGGUUGUGCGGACACUCGGCGUUGUGAAGAGCCUAGCGGAUUGA